CAAGGCUGCACUACCCAGUAUCGUGUUUCGACUGGUCAGAAUUUCUCUGUUGGUAUUAGAGAAAUCUAUCAUUACUCAGAUUUCAGUCUUUCUCGAUAUGGAUCCAAAUUCUCAGGUAGUCUCUGGUAGUUCCCAUUCUUCUUCUUCCCCUGCAAAGCUUCUGUUGUACUCUUACUGGCAAAGCUCAUGUUCAUGGCGUGUCCGGUUCGCGUUAAACCUAAAGGGACUCAUUUAUGAGUACAAAGCGGUAGACCUCACAAAAGGAGAGCACUUUAGCCCAGAGUUUGAGCGUUUGAACCCUCUUCACUAUGUUCCAGUGUUAGUGGAUGGUGAUAUGGUGGUUGGAGACUCUUUCGCCAUUUUGCUGUAUUUGGAAGAGAAGUAUCCCCAAAAUACUCUUUUGCCACCUGAUCCUAAGGGCAGAGCUCUAAAUCUCCAGGUAGCAAGUAUUGUUGGCUCUAGCAUUCAGCCCCGACAUCUUAAGUCACUUCUGGAAUACAUUGAAGAAAAAGCUGGUCCUGGAGAACGACUCUUGUGGACUGAACAGCAUAUAGGAAAAGGUUUUAAUGCUCUUGAGAAGUUGCUGAAAGAUUUCAAUGGCAGAUAUGCUACAGGAGAUGAAGUAUGCAUGGCUGAUGUUUUUCUAGCCCCAGAGAUUAGUAUAGUUAUCACGAUGUUCAACCUCGAUAUGUCCAAGUACCCAACUUUAAAUAGGAUCUACGAAGCUUAUAAGGAUUUACCAGCAUUCCAAGCUUCUCUGCCAGAAAGACAACCCGAUGCGAUUGUACAGUAGAAUGCAUUCUCCUCUCCAUAUUCAAUAUGUCUAGCAGUAUAUUUUACAUGCAUAUACUAGCUUUUCUGAACUGAUUUUUACAUUAUUUAAGCUUGUAUGAAUUAUUUCCUUCAAUGUUCUAUGGGAAGGGUAUCAGAUCCUUCAA